AUGGAUGAUUCCCCACUGCCCAACGCAACAGUGCCGUCAGAAAUCUCACAGGACGAGGCUGCCGCCCCCACCAUGGAUGUGCCUCUGACUGACGCCCCGCUCGACAGCGAUAAAGAAGACCAGCCCAACCUAGCUGCUGGCAUUGCUCUGGAAGAGCCGAUGCCGCCCCUGCGCCAGCUUCAUGAAGCUGAAGCUGAAGCCGAAGCUGACCAUCACACAGGCAGCGCCUUGUCUCCCGUUGGUGCGUACGACGGAUGCCUGUUGGUCCAUGAUUUCCUAGUCCACUGUAUGAAUUCUUUCUUCGUCUAUGGCCGAUGUCUACACCCUGACGCUCCAUUCAAUCUUGCUGUGCUGGCAUCAGGUCCGGCGUCGCCCCUACCGCCCACCGCCUUUGCAUCAGACGAGGCUGGCUUGGCUCUCGAGCCGGCAGCACCAGCUUCAUCCCUACCAGGGUCACGACAACCACUCACAAAUCCCAUCUCAAGUGAUGUGGCUGAUCUACCAAGCAAGCCGCCUCAACCUUUGGUGGACAAAUUCAAUACAUUUCUGAACUGGACGGGUGAACAGUUUCUCAUGGCCGAGCAACGCGUGCGACAGCGUAUUUCUGGCAUUCCCACAGAAGAACUGGAUCAGGAGGUGGAUGAGAAGAUGAAAGAGGUUCAAGGGGUGCAGCAGUCACUGACCGAGGUCGUGCGCAUCUGUACCCUUCUCUUGCAACAGUAUCAAUCAGUGAGCAAACUUGAGCAACAACUUAGCCUGCACUUUGGUCAGAUGGCAGUGCGUUCCGUAUCCCUCUUGGAUGAACUUGAGGAUUCAUCCACCGCCUUCAAGCGCCAGUAUUAUCGCAGCGCCUACUUGUCUGGCUGCCUGCGUCAUUUCCUGCAAGGCAUGAACACCUUGGUGGAGACGGUCAUCCAGGAUACCAUGGAUAGCUACUAUGAAUAUGACAGAGCACGCGUCGUGCAUCACGCCUGUGCCCGUCAACUACAGCGCCACAACGGUGCUCGGCAUGGUGCAACAGAACAGAUGCCAAGCAGCGAAGGCCGUGCCACGUCAGAUGUGUUCUCAUCGCUUAUGGACGGCGUGCACCAACUGGUGUCGCGCGCCACAGGAGAUUCUAGCUGA